AUGGAGUUCUGGAAACAAAAAUCAUAUGACAUUUUCUAUUUCAUAGUUAAACGGGAGUCAACGGGAACACAUGUUUUUGAUACCUCUCCAGGUAAUCUAAUCUUUGCCGAUAAGUUUCUACAAAUUGCCGCUUAUUUGCCUUCGGAUGCGAUGUAUGGUUGGGGCGAGAAUGUUCACCCAACUCUGAAGCAUGAUUUUUCAAAUUAUCGCACAUGGGGUAUGUUCGCCAGAGAUGAACCUCCCGAUUCAAGCAAAUUUAGCACGAAGAAUCUCUACGGAGUGCAUCCGUUUUAUAUGGUCAUGGAACCUGACGGCAAGGCUCAUGGAGUAUUUAUUCUGAACAGUAACGCUCAAGAAGUCACGACAUUGCCAGGUCCUGCAAUAAUCUAUCGGACGAUUGGGGGAAUUUUGGAUUUGUAUUUCUUCCCGGGGCCAACUCCUGAAGAAGUUACUCAGCAGUACUUGGCACUUAUUGGGACCCCCUUUCUUCCGGCAAACUGGGCGCUAGGAUUCCAAUUAUCGCGCUAUGGUUACAAAGAUUUAGAUCACUUAAAGGGAAUUAUUGAAAGGAACAGGGAAGCUGGUGUUCCUUUGGAAACAGUUGUGGUUGAUAUUGAUUAUAUGGACCGAUAUAAAACUUUCACAGUUGGAGAGAAGUUUGUGGGAAUGCCGGAAUAUUUGAAGGAAGUACAGAGUUGGGGCAUGCGGGUCGUAUUAAUUUAUGAUCCUGCAAUUCAAGUCGAUCACGAUGCUUUUGAGAGGGCAAUAAAAGAGGUACCACAUGAUGGUAUUUGGAUUGAUAUGAACGAGCCCGCAACCUUCGGCACAAAUGAGAAAAAACCAUGGUAUUUCAAAGAGCACGACCAUCCCAACGUGGAGCCGCUCAAGUGCCCGUCUAAUUCUGUGGAAAGGGAAUGGGAAGUGCCACCAUAUCAGACGCACUCAGUUUAUCACUACGACGGAGAAUCAAGCUUAGCUGCAAAAACGUUGUGCAUGACGGCAAUGCAGGGUGAUGGAAAGCUUAGAUUUUAUGAUGUGAAAAACCUUUAUGGGUGGAGUGAAGCAAAAGCAACUCAACAAGCUCAACAUACAGCAAUGGGAAAAAGAGGAGUUGUGAUUUCACGGUCAACUUUCCCAUCAGCAGGCCGAUACGCUGGACAUUGGUUAGGAGACAAUACGGCCACUUGGGAAGAUCUUCGCUCUUCCAUCAUAGGCGCUUUAGAGUUCAACAUGUUUGGAAUUCCGUAUGUUGGAGCGGAUAUCUGUGGCUUCAAUGGCAAUUCUCCUGAAGAACUCUGUCUACGAUGGCAACAAUUGGGAGCAUUUUACCCAUUCAUGAGGAACCAUAAUACAAAAUUAGGAGCGCCACAAGAUCCUGCACAGUGGCCAAAAGUGGUUGAGGCAACAAAAAAGGCUACUUUUUUCCGCUACAGAUAUCUACCGUAUCUGUACAGUUUGCACUUCAUUGCCUCAACAAAGGGAGGCAAUGUUAUCCGACCAAUGUUCUACGAAUAUCCUGAUGACGGAUUUACGUACGAAUUAAGCUACCAGUUCCUAUGGGGACCGUCGAUGCUCAUCGCUCCUGUAGUAUAUGAGAAAGCAACAUCGGUGAAAGUCUACAUACCCAAAGAUGACUGGUUUUCGUUAUACGAUUUUCGCUACGGUCGCGCAUUUCGAAGCGGUCUUCUUGAAUUCCCAGCUCCAACAACAUGGCUGAUUCCUAUUUUCGUCAGAGGUGGCUCUAUUUUACCUCGCCAAAAACCGGACAUAACAACUUUUGCGUCUCGAAAAAAUGCUUUCGAGCUCUUAAUUGUUCCAUCCAUUUCAGACAAGCUGAAGGAUAGAGGAAAAAAUAAAGGUAAAGCAGGAGUUCUAUACUGGGAUGACGGUGAAAGUGUGAUCGAGUCGUUCGCCACGCACAACUACUAUCAAUGGUCAUUCAAGUACCAAAAGAAUUUUAACGGCGGAAAUUUGAUGAUCAAAACCGAAAGACAAGCGAAGUCCCUGACCAUACCCACGCUCGACAAAAUCGAAAUCUUUCAUUACGAACACUCCACAGACCCGACGAAGUUCGAGCUCAAUGGAAGACAGGUGUGA